AUGACAGACAACACCAAACCACACCCACUCGAGUUCUUGAUAGGCACAUGGGCUGGGCGCGGAAAGGGCUUUUAUCCCACGAUCCCCUCCUUCGAAUUCUUUGAAGAGCUGACGUUCACCAAGGACCCUGCCGGUCGACCCGUCGUCGCCUAUUCUCAAAAGACACGCCGAGCUGUUCCUGGAAGUGACGGAGCGGGAGAAACGGUCCCGGUUCCGGGGCCUCCUCUUCAUGCAGAGGCCGGGUUUAUUCGCUUGCCCAAUUGGUCGAAUGAGAAGUGUGAACUUGUCCUCAGUGUCGCGAGCAUUGAGGUGGGCGCUAUCAAGGGAACCACGAUCGACUGGGAAACCACCAGCAUUAUCCGCUCCCCCAGUGCCAAGGCGCCUCAUACAACCCAUUUUACAAGGAAAUGGAUAAUCAACCCAGAGGAAAGGACGUUCUCGUACGAAUUCUCGAUGGCGACUGAGAACACGCCCCUGACGCGCCACCUCGAAGUCCAUCUUCUCAAGGUCUAG